CGACCUCGUCUUGUCUCACUUGACCACUCGCAUUCAUUUAAUAACAGACUCGUGCAUACAACGACGACGACGACGACAACGACGCGUCGAUACGACGAGGACACGGUACAGCGUGCACAACACACCCAUCCAUUCCAAUCCAUCUCACACACAUCGGCACACUGCUCGACGUCUCACCGACUUUUCGAUACCGGCGGUAGCCGCUCGCCUGACGGCACAUACCCCAGGCCGCACGGCAACUAAACAGCCAUGCAGGUCAUCAAGGACAUGGCCCUGCGUAUGCUCAACGUAUACGUAUCGCCCUAUGUCGACAACUUGAACCCAGAUGAUCUUCAGCUGUCAAUCCUGGCCGGCAAGGCCGAGUUCCAUGGCCUCCGACUCAAGAAGUCGGUUCUGGAGCGGUUCGGUCUGCCAGUCGAGAUUGUCGCAGGCGACAUUGGCAGCCUCUCCCUCACGAUCCCAUGGCAGGCGAUGAAGUCGCAGCCUGCACAGAUCGUCAUCGACGACAUCUUCGUGCUCGCCCGUGCGCGCCCACAAGGGAAGGUGGAUCCUGAAGAGGACGAACGGAUAGACCAGGCUACAAAGCAGGAAAAGCUGCGCAGUGCAGAGGCCGUCGACAGCGCAGCAAGCCAGGUGGAACAGGCUGGGGGCACCGAGAACAAGGAGACAUACUUUGGUGCUAUUGCUACCCGGAUCAUCAACAAUGUCCAGAUUCACAUCAAGAAUAUCCACUUGCGAUACGAGGAUGGCACCAGCACCCCAGAUCACCCGUUCGCGGCCGGUCUCACCAUCUCAGAGUUCAAGAUGGUCUCGACGGACGAGAACUGGAUCGAGGCGUUCCUCGAGAACGACGUCAAGGAUGUGCACAAGCUCUCCAAGCUCAGCGCCCUGUCGGUCUACUUUGACACCGACGCCGCUAGCAUUGCAAAGCCUGACAACCGUGAUGGAACAAUCGAUGCCCUCAAGGCGAUGCUUGUCGGUAAACCGGAACAUCAACACAUCUUGAAGCCUGUGACUGGCGAGGCUCGACUCGUCAUCCACAGGACAAUGACCAACACUACCCCGCAGUACGACGUCCAGGCCCUGUUUGACGAGAUCGGCGUUGUCUUGGACAGGGCCCAGUACCGAGACGCGCUGUCAAUGAUCGACGUGUUUCACUUCUACAGACGCACACACCAGUACUACAAGUACCGGCCACCAGAGGAAGAGUUCAAGGAAAAUCCUGCCAAGGCCAGGUGGAAAUACGCACUCAACGCCAUUUCCGCCGAAGUGCAUGAACGAAACAGGAGAUGGUCCUGGGACUACCUCAAGGAGCGUCGAGACAAGCGCAUCAAAUACGUCGACCUCUACGUCCAGAAGUUGUCACUACCACAGGACAUGCCGCUGCCACCAGACGAGCAGGACGAGUUGGAUACCCUUGAGAAGGAGCUGUCGUUUGAGGAUAUUCGCUUCUUCCGUUCAGUUGCCCGAGUCCAGGCCAAGCGCGACGCGGCCACCCGCAAGAAACUGGAGGCGGAGCAGCAAAAGACACAACCACAAACGCAAACCUGGGGCGAAUGGCUGUGGGGAUCACGGGUUGAGGAUUCCCAGGAGCCCAACCAGAUUACCGAGUCAGAGCAGAAGGAGAUUGACGACCUGAUCGACUAUGACGCAUGGUCAGCAGCCGAGACAAGCGUUGGUACCGCACGAGAUCUCAUCAAGAUGCGCAUCUCUACAUCACUCAACAAGGGAUCCUUCUCAUUGAGAGCCAGUCCCAAAGAAGGUGCUCAGGACGUCAUCGCCCUCGUGUUCGAUUCAUUCUCUGCCGAUGUGGACCAGCGUGUCGACUCGAUGAAGCUCAAGAUGGCGCUUGGUGGCUUCCGAGUGUACGACGGCACGACACCCAAGUCGCUCUACCCCCAGAUCGUGCGCGUCAAGGAUAUUGACGGUGACAAGGACGAGUCCCGUUCUGGAAGGAAACAGCAGAGUCUCCCAAUUACCAGCGGAGCCCUGGCAGAGCUCAGUGCCAAGUUCAACAUCACGCCGAAGGCAGCACCAACUCCAGCUGCGGACCCAUUCUUCUCACUCGAGUACGAGCACAAUCCCUUGGAUGGCCGAGCAGACAAUGCGGUGACAGUCAAGAUGCGCCAUCUCGAGAUCAUCUACCAUCGCAACUAUGUGGAGGAGGUGGUUGCGUUCUUCAAGCCGCCAGCGAGUCAGCUCGAGUCGAUCAACGCGCUGCUGGACGCUGCCGGUGAGACGCUUGAUGGUAUCCGAAAGGAGACGCGAGCAGGUCUCGAGUAUGCGCUGGAACAGCACAAGACACUCGACCUCCACGUGGACAUGAACGCGCCGAUCAUCAUCAUUCCCAUGGACGUGACUGUUGCCACCUCGCAGCUACUUGUCCUCGACGCCGGUCACAUUGCAGUCGACAGCAAACUCGCCGACAAGGACAAGCUCAACGAUGUCCAGAAGAAGCGUGGUCUCCAGUACAGCGAUGACGACUACAAGCAGCUCGAGGACCUCAUGUACGACCGCAUGCUGUUGAGUCUCGACUCCACGCAGCUCCUCAUGGGAGACGACUUUGACGCCUGUAUGGCCGCGCUGGACACGCACGGACAUGGUGCCAACGAGCUGCACAUUGUCGAGCGGAUCAACAUGUCGUUCACGGUUCAAAACGCCAUUGUCAACGCACCAAACCUGACCAAGUUCAAGAUCCAGGGAGAGAUGCCGGAGCUUCAAGUCAACUUCUCGGACCGCAAGUACCAGACGUUGAUGAAGUUUAUCGACGAGUGUAUUCCCAGGUUUGGCGACAGCGACAAGCCAGAAGCCGAUGUGCACCCCGCCGACAUCCCAGUCCUCCACAACACGCCGUUUGUGCGCCCAGCAAAGCUCGAAGAGUACACUCUUGACGACCAUCACGAGACCCGUUCAAUCCACUCUCACAAGGAUGGUGAGAGCGACAAGGGCCGGGACGAGUUCUUUGAGGCCAAGGAUGACCAGACAGAAAACCAACGCCGCGAACUGCAACAGAUCAACUUUGAGUUUUCGUUCGCAGUGGGCAAGUUGCAAGCGUCGAUCUUCCGCUCAACAUCACCCACCACCGAGAAGGCCCUGGCGAACGCCACAUUAGACGGCUUUGGCCUGACAUUUGUUCAACGCAAGUUUGAGAUGUCGGUCGACCUCUUCCUUCACAACAUUACCCUGGCAAUGGUGGAGCAGGGCAAGGCUCAGCGUCCACUGCUGUCAUCGGCAGAGGUCGACAGUGACAGUGACCACAAGCUCAUCAAGGUCAGGUACCAUCGAGUGCAGAAGGAGUCGCCGGACUUCAUGACAGUCCACGAGGGUGUCGACCAGAGCAUUGAUACGGAGCUGUCGACGUUCAAGAUUACGCUGGCUGCCGAGCCCAUCCUCUCGCUGUACGACUUUAUCAUGACGACGUUUGUCCCCAAGGCACCCGAGGGAGGAGCGACCAUCGAGGAGUUGGAUGCCGAGGGGGCCAAGGUGCCUGAAGUCACCCAGUCUGCUCCGGAAUCACUCGACAAGCUUCGUAUCCGCGUCAAGCUCACCAGUGCGCAAGUGGGCUUGGAGAACAACGACGUCCGCUUUGCCCUGCUGAGCCUUCCCUCUGCCGAUGUUGCCUUGCUGCUUCGAGCCGGUACAAUGAGGGUCAGCGCGAGGCUGGGCAACAUCUCCCUGGAAGACACCUCCGAUGACCAGGUCGCCUCGCCCGAGUUCAAGAAGAUGCUUGCGAUUGAAGGAGAGGAGCUGGCUGAUUUCAGCUACGAGACCUUCAACCCGGAUGACCCUACGUUCCCGGGCUACAACUCGUCUAUUCUCCUGAGAGCCGGUUCGCUCAAGUUCACCUUCAUGGAGCAGGGCCUGCACAACCUCUACACGUUUGCCCUCAAGUUUGCCCGGAUGAAGGCCGUGUACGACGCCGCGCAGCAGGCUGCCGUUCAGCGCGCGUCCGAGGUCACUCGCAUGCGCUACGACAUUGCCGUCAAGACUCCGAUCAUCAUCCUGCCUCGUGAUGGGCAGACUUCGCCCGACGUUUUGGUGAUGAAGCUCGGUGAGAUUGUGGCGCGGAACCAGUACCUGGGCGACCCGAACGACUCGAGCACCAUCGACGCGUCGCUGUCCGGCAUCAAUGUCUCGUCCGAGCUGUACCGCAACGACAAGAAGGCUAGCCUGCAGCUCAUUGACGAUGUCAACAUCACUGCGACUGUCAAACAGUAUGGCAACCCGGAGCACCGAACCGACCCACACAAGGCCGACAGCGAAAUCACCACGGAGAUGUCGGACGUCAAGUUGUCGCUCACCCAGAACCAAUAUGUGUUGGUGAUGAGCCUUCUCGAGUCACUUCCCCGAGCGUUGAGCAACAUCAACGAGGACGAUGAGGAGGAGGAUGAGGGGAUUCCCACUCCGCCUACGCCAUCUGAUCCCUCCACCGAGACAGAUGACCCUUCGACUGUUGCUCCCAGUAUCGCCACACCUUCAGAGGUUGACCACGACACGGCUCUCGCCCCAGAGCUCAUCAUCGCGGCCAGCGACAAGGUCUGGACGUCGCUCGACUUUGUGUUCAAUGUCAAGUCGAUCGGCAUGGAAGUGUACGGGCCCGGCGUGCAUACCGAGGAAGAUAUGAAGAACCACAGUAUUGCGCGGUUCGGUCUCACUGGAAGUCAUCUUGCCUUCAAGACGCUUUCCAACAGCGCCAUGGAGCUCGAGUUCUCGCUCAAGACGUUGGCCUUCUGGAGCACGCGUAAUAGCGGGAGCGUGUUCAGAGAUAUUGUCCCAGCGUCAACCAAUGACGGCAACCAAAUCAUGGUGCAGUACACAAAGUCGUCCGACCAGCAAGCCUUGGCCAUCGUGUCUAUCGACAGCCCUCGCUUCAUCCUUGCCGUCGAGCCGCUUGCCGCGCUUGCCGAGUUUGCGGUCGCUCCUUUCAAGAGCACGACGGAAGUGCAGGCGCCGGCAGGUGACGACGAGGCGGAGGUGGAAGCUGAGCCCGCGCCGCCUGGCACUCUGGCCUUCCGCAUCGAUAUUGUCAACUCGACUGUCAUUGUUCUGGCCGACGACUCUGACCCUCGGUCACAAGCUAUCCAGUUGUCCAUCAAGGAGAUUCUGGUGUCGCAGAACAAUAUCCUUGCACUCAAGGUUGUGGACCUCGACAUGUCCUUUGGUCGCAUGGACAACCCGGAUGACCGAGUCAGUUUCCUCGAUGACGUUGGAAUCACUUUGUCCCUCGACAGACGCCAGAAGGGAGGCCACAUCAUGACGGUUUUCGACAUUGAUGUGCCUUCCCCCAUCAUCUUCCGUGCCUCGGUCAGCGAUAUCCUGCUCAUCCUGGAAGUAGUCAACAAGGCGACAGCGGCCGCGGCCAAGGUAUUUGCGACAGAGGAGGCUCAGCAGGCGGCUGUGAAGCCCAUAGUCCCGCCAAAGCCGAUCGCGGCUACCACCAUUGAUGAGACUGUCGGAACCCUCGCCCCGCCAGAGACGCAGGUCAAGCAACGCCGCGCCUCGCUUGUCCGUCCACGAACGGCGUCGGCGGCCAAGACGCGCAUCCUCGUGUCCCAUGAGCAGCUGUCGCUAAGGGUCAAUGGAUUCCAGUUCGUGCUCGUCAGCGACGUACAGGAAAUGCCCGUCGUCCACCUGUCCACCACCGAGUUCAUCUGCACAGUAUCCGACUGGUCGAGCGACUUGAAGGCCGCGACGUCUAUCACCACUGCCAUCCGGUACUACAACCUCAACAACUCGUACUUUGAGCCGCUCAUGGACCCUUGGAAGUUUGACCUCCAGGUUGCCAGAACCUCAGGAACUGGCACGGGCAACCCCCUGGCCGUUAGGUUGACUGCAGACCAGCGUGUGGAGCUCAGCAUCACGUCGGCAUUCAUCGAGCUCGGUAUCACGACCAUGACCAUCUUUGACAAGGCGUCGAGCCAAGCCAUCAAGGACAAGGGACCUGCCGCGCCGUUCAGGAUGAGGAACCGCACUGGUCUGCCCAUCACCAUUUGGCCCGAGACCGAUGACCUGGCGACCAUUCCGUGGCACAAACGCAAGGUCUUGGAGGACGGCGCCGACGUGCCCUGGUACUUUGAGGACCGUCAGACCUUACGUGACAACGUCUCGGCGUUCCGCCACAACGCCUUUGGCCUGGAGCUGCCCGACUCGACUGUCAAAUGGGAGCCAGUUCGCGGCAUUUCCGUCGACAGAGCCGGCGAGCACGUCCUCAACCUCCGCCCCAAGAUUGACAAGGUCACGCACCAGCUCAUGUGCGAGAUCAAGCUGGAGAACAACAUCAAGAUCAUCACGAUUCGUUCUACUCUGAAUGUCGAGAACCAGACGAGCUUACCCGUCGAGAUGAUCGUUGUGGACGCCCACGGCAAGGCCUCUGGCAACGUCAUGAGGAUCGACCCGGGCGAGCCGAUGCCCGUGCCGUUCGAGGCCGUGUUCGACAAGCGGUUCCGCCUGCGACCACUCCGCGGCUUUGGCUUCGACUAUGGAUGGUCUACGCCUCUGCACUGGCGCCAGCUGAUCAACCGCCCCAUCCGGCCCAUCAGCUGCAAGCACAUGACGCCCAAGGAGCCGGCAUUCUACUUCCAGGCGCAGGCAAACUUCAACACCAAGGAGCCUUCGGCCAGGGUGUACCCCCGCAUGACGCUCACGCUCCGCGCACCUGUCGAACUGGAGAAUCUGCUGCCCUACGACCUCAAGUUCAGAAUCCAUGACAAGGCGACGAGUUUGAGCUCGAGCAACUUCCUUGUCAAGGGCGGCACCAGUCCGAUUCACACGGUCGAGCUUUCCCACCUCUUACUGCUCAGCGUUGCGCCGGAAGACACCGCCUUCAAGCAGAGCGACUAUGCCAUCAUCAACACGGACGACCCCGAGCUGCCAAUGGAGAAUGGCUUCAACUUGGCGGAUCCAAAGGGCAACAAGCUGCAGCUCAAGCUCCACUACUACACCUACCCCAACUCUGGUGGGGCGUUCAAGGUCCAGGUCUACAGCCCGUUCAUCAUCCUGAACAAGACUGGGCUGCCGUUUGACGUCAUGGUCAAGAGCACAUUAGGCGGUGCCAAACCCGUGGCUGGACGCGACCUGUUUGCUACCGACUUCCAGCGCGAGUCGCCGACGCCGUUCAUGCUCAGCUUCCCGAGCGACGACAGAAGAAAUAGACUGCUGCUCAGAGUGGCCGACUCGAAGCUUUCCCAGCCGCUGUCAUUCGAGCCGGUCGCUGCGGACAUGCAGAUCGUCCUGCCAUCGGACAGGGGAGACAAGGAGUACUAUGUCGGUUUGUCGUACCACGAGGGUCUUGGCAAGUACAAACUUUCCAAGGUCAUUACCAUUGCCCCGCGUUUCCUUGUCAAGAACAUGUCGGCGCACCCUAUCCAAGUUAGGCAGUCGUCUGAUCCCCACCCUCUCGCCAUCAUCAGCCCGGAUCAGCGCAAGCCCAUUCGGUCGCUCAGUCACAGAGAGGCACUCCAGCUUCGCUUGGCCUUUGAUGGGCCCAACUCGACAUGGUCGGCGCCGUUCAACAUUUCUGAUAUCGGCACCAUCCACGUGACGAUGGAGAGACAGACCAGAAGUGGACCGAGAACAUACCUCAUGCGCGUCGAGACACACCUUGAUGGCUCGUCCAUCUUCAUCUUCAUCUCGAGAGAGACGGAGCCAUGGCCCAUCAAGCUGCGUAACGAGACAAACAUCCCGUUCACGUUCAAACAAUCGGCAAGUAGCAACGGACCGCUUCGAGACAUCUACUGGUCUGACACCUUCCAGCAAUCUGUUGAAGAUGGGGGCGACGCGCAGACCUACGUGUCGCGUGAUCUCAAGCCUCAUACUGAUGUCGACUACACCUGGGACUGGCCAGUGUCGCGCAACAAGCGACUGUUGCUGUACAGGGGGCAGACGAUGGUCCCUCGGCCCAUCGACGUCAUGGCCAUUGGUGUGCAGCCGCCGUUGAAGAUUCAGCCUCAGCAGGCGGGCGAAAGACCUGCCACCAUCUCCAUCGAUAUCCGCGCAGAUGGUAACUCGCAACUCAUUGUCAUUUCCAACUACAGCGAGGAGAGAAGCAUCUUCAAGCCAACCCGGAGGUCGGGUACGCCCAACCCUCUCGGCCGCUCGGAUAGCUCGGAGAGCCUUUCAACGACUGGCUUUGAGACCGAGGCGGCGACUGACAAGGCGACCAUGUCGAUCACGGUCGAGCUCGAGGGUGUCGGCGUGUCUCUUGUCACCAAGCGGCCCGAUGAGCUGCUGUACUUUACAGCGAGGGGACUGAAGGUGGUCUACAACGACUUCCCGACCUACUACGACGUGCUCUUGGACUGCAAGUGGAUCCAGAUUGACAACCAGCUGUUCGGUGGCUUGUUCCCCAUCGUCUUCUACCCGACCGUCGUGCCCAAGGACGGCAAGGAGCUGGACUCGCACCCCACCGUGCAGUUGGCUGUUGCCCUGUUAAAGGAUCAAUCCCACGGCGUCAUCUUUGUCAAGUACGCCAGUAUCCUGCUCCAAGCCAUGACGGUCGAGCUCGACGAAGACUUUAUCAUGGCUCUCAUCGACUUCCUCAAGUUCAAGGAGGCAACUUGGAGGGAAGACAUCAAGGACGUCCUCAUUGAACAGCCCAAGGGCAUCCCCGGACCAGACAUCACACACAACAAGCAGGACAACUUCUUCUUCGAGUCCCUUCAACUGCAACCCGUAUCAUUGGAGCUUUCAUUCAUGCGCACAGAUCGUGUCAAUGUGGACGACAAGGUGUCAACACGCAAUCCCCUCUACUACCUCCUCAACGCACUCACCAUGACGUUGGGUAAUGUUAACGCAGCUCCCAUCAACUUCAGGGCCUUGUUCCUCGAGAAUGUCCGACUCAGCGGCCACGACCUGCAAGAGCGAAUCGUCCUCCACUACCAAGAGCAAGCUGUCCAGCAAAUCUACAGAGUCCUCGGCUCGGCAGACUUCCUCGGCAACCCUGUCGGUCUCUUCAACAACAUCAGCUCUGGCUUCUCAGACUUCUUCUAUGAACCAUGGCAAGGGUUUGUGAUGCACGGCAACAGGGAUAUUGGCUUAGGGAUCGCCAGAGGAGCGACGAGUUUGGCAAAGAAGACAGUGUUCGGCAUCAGCGACAGUGUGACCAAGUUCUCAAGCAGUAUCGGCAAAGGUCUGUCCGCGGCGACACUCGAUCAAGACUACCAGAACAAGCGCCGCAUGAAUCAGAAGAGAAACAAGCCCAAGCACGCACUGUACGGUGUGGCGGCUGGUGCCACUGCCUUUGCAGACUCUGUGACAAGUGCAUUCGAGGGCGUGGCCUCGAUGCCCAUGGAGGGCGCCGAGCAGGGCGGCGCUGCAGGCUUCGCCAAGGGUGUCGGCAAAGGCUUUGUUGGCCUGUUUACCAAGCCCGCCGUUGGCCUCUUCGACUUUAUCGCGGCGUCGACCGAGGGCAUCAGGAACACGACGACAGUGUUUGACCAGAACGAGAUUGAGCGUGUCCGUCUCCCGCGCUUCAUCGCAUCGGACGGCGUGCUCCGUCCCUUCUCUGGUCGUGAGGCACUCGGCCAGUCGUGGCUCAAGGACCUCGACGCAGGGCAGUACUUUGGCGAGUCGUACGUCGCGCACCUCGACCUGCCCGGCGACGACGCCGUCGCGCUCCUGUCCAACGCGCGCUUGCUCUACGUCCAGCAGAGAAAGAUGCGCACAAUCUGGCAGGUGCCCUUUGACGAGCUCCAGUCGCUCUCCCUCGAGUCGUCAGGCAUCGCGCUCACUCUGCGGGGUGGCACACCCGGACCGUUCCUCCCCAUUGCCGACCAGGCUGGCCGCGAGUGGUUGUUCAAGCGGAUCGCGAGGGUGGUCGAGACUUACAACAAGAAGAAUACGCAGAAGGACGAGUAGUCGUGCAUUGUGCAUCUUGGCUCGUGUCAACAGUUCCCAUACAGAAUCGGAAUCAUCAAUCCUACAGCAUAAUACCCCGUACUACCAUUGCUCGCUGAAUGUAUUCUAUCCGUGAUUUGCAACA